GGAACAAUAUAGACACGCUAGGGUUUUGGGGGCAGAGCAAAUCGAAAUAUCCGAAGGAGAGACGAUGAAGAGGCUACAUUACUUCUCCUUCUUCUGCAAAACCGUGUCUUCCGCUCGUUCUCCUCGCCCCCACGAUGCUGCCCUCCUCUUUGCCGUCUUACCUUAUUCGGCCUCAGCCACUGCCGCCGGUGCCGCAUCCAUCACUGGGAAGCAUAUGUUCAUGGCCCAGUACCUCGUCGACUCAUGUGGCUUCGACCAGGAGAAGGCCACCGAGGCCUCGAAGCUUCUCAAGGGCAUCCAAUCCCGGCAGCAGCCCGACUCCGUCCUUGCUUUCCUCAAAAGUUACGGUUUUAACGAUUCCACAGUCACAAGGUACCUACUUUUCUCCCCCAAAUGUCUUCUUUUGGAUGUAGAGAAGACACUUGCCCCAAAGUUCCAAGCUUUCGAAGAUCUGGGUCUCUCCCCAUCCGACAUCAUCCACUUCGUCAGGUCGAAUCCCUCCACCAUCCAAAUGAAACUCGAACGCAUUCGAUCUAAGAUCGAAUUUUGGCAAGGCCUUCUCAGCUCCAAGGAUGCACUGGUGAAGUUGAUCAAGAGAACCCGAGGGAUUUUGACGUUAAGCAUCGAGAAGAGGAUCCAGCCCAACCUUGAGUUGCUUCAGGAAUGUGGCGUGGACGGCCAAAAGCUCGCCUUUAUCUUGAGGAAUCGCCCAAAGAUCGUGGCACAAAAUGCUGAUUACUUAAAGUCCUUGAUUAGUCGCGUGGAGGACUUGGGAGUGCCACGGACAUCGGGAAUGUUCCAUUGCACUCUGAGUGCACUCUUCACGGUCAGUCGAGAGAAGUUCAAGAUGCAAAUGGAAUUUUUCCGGAGGUUUGGGUGGUCAGAGGACGAUUUUGUUGUGGCAUUCCAGAAAUGUCCUACCUUCCUGCAAGGGUCUUGGACUACUUUGCAGAGAAAAAUGGAGUUCUUGAUAAAUGAGGCUGGAUAUGCUUCUUCUUACAUUGCUACACGUCCAGUAAUAUUGACACUGAGCUUGGAGAGAAGGAUGAUUCCAAGACAUCGGAUCUUGGCAACCUUGAAGUCUAGGGGGCACUGUGAAAGGAAUUACAAAGAGAUAGCAUACAUGCUGGAUUCCGAGGCCAGAUUCUUAGAGAAGUACAUUAUCCUCUACAAGGACAGGGAGAGGAGCUGCUGCCACAUGGAUGAAAUGUUUUGAGCACUUUUCGAAUUUUGUCAGUUGAAAUGUUUGAUCUGUAAUCUUUUAGAACACUACACUACUUGUGAGUUUGGGACUUGCAAUCCUAGAAUCGUAAAAGGCGACUUGGA